AUGCCCCCCAAGAAGAACGUCAAGGAAGAGAAGAUUCUGCUCGGUCGACCCGGCAACAACCUCAAGUCCGGAAUCGUCGGUCUGGCCAACGUUGGAAAAUCGACCUUUUUCCAGGCCAUCACUCGAUGUCCUCUUGGUAACCCCGCCAACUACCCUUUUGCUACCAUUGAGCCUGAGGAGGCUCGAGUGACCGUCCCCUCUGCUCGAUUUGACAAGCUCUGUGAGAUGUACAAGCCCGCUUCCAAGGUCCCUGCUCAUAUCACCGUUUACGACAUUGCUGGUCUGACCAAGGGUGCUCAUGCUGGAGAGGGUCUUGGUAACGCUUUCCUGUCCAACAUCCGAGCUGUUGAUGCCAUUUUCCAGGUUGUUCGAUGCUUCGACGAUGCCGAGAUUAUCCAUAUCGAGGGUGACGUUGAUCCCGUGCGAGAUCUCCAGAUCAUCAAGGACGAGCUUCGACUCAAGGACAUUGAGUUUGCCAAGAAGCACCUUGAGGGAGUCGAGAAGAUUGUCAAGCGAGGAGGACAGUCCAUGGAGGUCAAGCAGAAGAAGGAGGAGGCUGCCACCUGCGAGAAGAUCAUCAAGCUGCUGGAGGACGGCCACCGAAUUGCCAACCAGAACUGGACUGGCAAGGAGGUGCUGGUCAUCAACGAGAUGCUGCUGCUGACCGCCAAGCCCGCCAUCUACCUCAUCAACCUGUCUGAGAAGGAUUACGUUCGAAAGAAGAACAAGUACCUGCUGAAGAUCAAACAGUGGAUCGACGAGAACUCUCCCGGAGACGUCAUCAUCCCCUUCUCCGUCUGCCUGGAGGAGAAGCUGUCCCACAUGGAGACCGAGGAGGAGGCCGAGGCCUACCUCAAGGAGAUUGGUGCCACCACUUCUCUGCCCAAGAUCAUUACCACAAUGCGACAGACUCUCGGUCUGAUCUCUUUCUUCACCUCCGGUGCCGAUGAGGUUCGAGAAUGGACCAUUCGAAACGGUACCAAGGCUCCUCAGGCCGCCGGUGUCAUCCAUAACGAUCUCAUGAACACUUUUAUUCUGGCCCAGGUGACCAAGUACGAGGACCUGGUCGAGUACGGCGACGAUGCCUCCGUCAAGGCUGCCGGAAAGCUGCAACAAAAGGGUAAGGAUUACGUGGUUGAGGAUGGAGAUGUCAUUUACUUCCGAGCCGGUGCUGGAAAGAACUAG